AUGUCGGACCACAUCCUCAAGAUGAACCAGGCAAAGGCUGGCCACACCAAUAACCCUGGUAUCAAACUCAAGCCUGUCCCUGGCGCCACCAAGCUCAUCCUCGAGGGCGCCAAGGUCGCCGUUGCCAGCACCGACGGCAACGACAAGGUCCGCGACACUGAUCGCGAGAUGGACCUGACUUUCUAUGACGCCAACGGCAACGUUGAGACUACCGACUUCGAUGGCGACAUUAGCAUGGAGGAUGAAACUACCAUGCAGUCAGUUGAGAAGGACGAGGACAUCUCCGGCUUCACCAACGGCACCCGUGGAGGCUCGGAUGGCACUCAGGACGAUUCAUCUGGCACAGGCAGUGAUGUGGACGAAUCGGAGACUGACGACGAGCUGGAGCAAGCCACUCAGGAAGCCGAGAACAAAUUUUCGUCCAUCGUGGAUUUGACCCGCCAGAUGUAUGCGAACAACAAUGGUCUCCUGCGUCUGCGCGUCCUCAAGCGACUCGAGAAGGACAAACAGGAGCUCAGAAGACUGCUGGCUCGCCUCGGCAUUCGGACUUUGCGCCCGGUCGAUAUCGCCUGGAACUAUGUCACCUUCUACAACGAGAAGAUUCGGCAGCUCUGGAUGGAUUGCAACCUGACGGACCCUGACGAGAGGCGUCAUGUGAUGAGACAGAUCUCCGCGCUCGACAAGAAGCGCCGCCAGCAACUCGCAGACGCGGACCAAUUGCCAGAUUGCCAAAUCAGAGUUUGGGAGUUCCAUGGCUGGGUUCAAGCCGAGUACGACGAGGUCUGUCGUGCGAUGGAGGCUGAGAUCAUUGAGAAGUCUAAGCUUGUCGAGCAGCAUGAGCCUGCUGAGCAGCGGGUGACUUUGGAGAAGCCAGCAACAGCCAUCACUCAACAUGAUUCUACCACCGCCGGUUUCCUUGACGAUGUCGGUAGCGGCAGUGCACCUCUGGGCGACUAUGACGUGCCCAAAGUCGAUGGCAUUCCCACGAGUCCAUUCGAAGCGGGCGGCGAGACGAACUUCGAUGCCGCGUUUAGCAAUGCGACCUUCAGUCAGGAGUACGACGCUGACCGCCCCGGUCUUGAUGACUUUGAGAUGGGCCUGUUCGCCCUUCAGACUCCAAUCAAACCUGUUGAGGACACCAUCAACGACAACGACUCUCUUUUCGGCGACGGUGACGAUGAUUCUCUUUUCGGAGAUGGCGACGACUACCAGCUCAAUCCUGCUCCGGUAUCCUGCCAGACUGCUAAUGAGGCCCACGUCCCCGUGAAUCCUUCUUCUGAGAAGGACUCCGAUGGUUCUUUAUUCGGCGACUUCGAGGAAGAUCAGUUCCUCUCUUCUGUGGUACCCAGUCCGCAUGUUGAGAAUGCCCGUAACCCUGAGAACGCUUCCCAUGCCUCGCCCGUCACUGAGCAGGCUUCUUCUACAGAGGCAACCGAGCUCAACGAGUCUGACUCUGACGAUUCCCUGUUCGGCGAUUUCGACCACUCUGAACCUGCCCCUGCUCUGGUGCCCAGCCAGGCUGUGCAGGAGGCCCGUGGUCCUGAGAAUGCUUCCCAUGCUUCGCUCAUCACCAGCCAGUGUUCUAUUGUGGAGGACCCUAUCGGGACCAACGAGUCUGGCCCUCUCUCUAACGUCCCUGUCGAAAACCACCUGGCCGAGCCUGCCGCAGCAGCUGAUCAAGCUGCAGAGAGGCUCCUCAUCCACGAUGACAACGCGGUCGCCGAUACAUCCGUCGACCAGCAGGUCUCCCAGGACCAGCAAGGCAUGGAGCUCCAGCAAAUGGCUGAUCACAGCGUUGUGGCCAACAAUCAAGCAGGACCACCGCCUUACGUUCCGGGAGUGGUUCCUGCCGCCGGGCCUAACAUCAAAUAUUACCCUGACAUACUGGUCGAGCUUGCAGACCGCCAGGACCAUUUGGACUACAUGCGCGAAGUCGCUCGUGGAUACCUCUGCCGUUUCUGGCCUGAUGGCAAGCAAGACUGUUCGCUUAUGCAGCUUGACCUGUUCGCCCUCGCAACCGAUGAGUUCAAGGACGAUGAGUUCAGGCGAUAUGAACUAUGCCAUGAGGCAGGAAAGCCAUAUCUUGUUCACUUCCAGGAGGAAUUCAAGGAGAUCCCGCCUAACAUGACCUUGGCUCCCAUCUACAACGGAUCGUUCAUAUAUCGUUGUCUUGCUCAAAAUACCCCUGUCGCCGAGCCCGAGAGCGAGUCCGGAUUCAUCGAUUUGACCGGAGACAAUUCGACGUCUUGCACCAUAGUUGCCCACCCUGAGGAGCCAGAGCCCGCUCUUGCUGCUCCUGCAGAGAUCUUUGCCGCCAGUGAGCCAAGAUGCCCUGCAGCGGGCGGAAAGGUUGUUCCCAAAGGUCGCAAGAUAUCCAAAAAGGCAAAGAAGGCUCCUCAAAAGGUCGAGACAAUUCAAACACCGUCCCCAGUCGGCCAAGCCACGUUCACACAAGACCCAGCCCAGACUCUUACCAGCCCCCUCGACCCUACCACGCCCGCCAACAACGGUGCUAUUGGCAACAACGACAACUGGAGUAGUGAAUGGUCUGGGAAGACCUUUUCUGAUGGCGGCGAGCCUCCCAGGACCCCUUCAGACACAGAGGUUGUCGUCAUGCAGCGUUCUGUCAGUGAUGACAAUGACACGCGCAAGACCAGUCCCAACGACGAGGCGGUAGGAACCAAGAGGUCUGGCACAAAGGCACGCACCGAGAGUGGUUCAGGAUCAGUGAGAUCCGUACAGAGGACGCACACUGCCCUCCAGAACCAUUUAUCACAGAGUGGCCAGGUCGCCGGCAAUAUCAACACACCUCCUUCCGCCAACCACAGCCCUGUGGAAGGCAGACAGCAGAGUGGAACACCAGAGCAGCAGCAGCUCAUGGUGUACUAUUCUCCUUCUCCCAAGCACCGCGCAGACCCCAAGAAAUGGGUCGAGGAGCAUAUCCAGGGCGGCAAGGGAAAGAAGACCCGAAAGCGAAAGACCCCCGAGCCUAAGGAGACCUCCACUCCUCGCAAGGCGCGAAAGACCAAGGAGGCCACUGCUACGCCCAGUGUCACUCCUUCACCUAGGCCCUACGUGAACAUCGCGCCAGCUCCAGCUCGCAACCAUGGCGAUGCCGAUAACAUGCAGAUGCAGUCUCGUAUGAGUACCUCGAUGGACCGCGAUGGCCGCGCAUGCUCUUCCUCCGAUGUCCAGCCCACUGGCUUCGGCACCCCGAUGCACACAGCUAUGGCCCAGGUCUCACAGGUUCCGCAGCAGCCAAUGCAUCAGCGUGUCCCUCAACAGCAGAACGCACAGCAACACCAGUAUACCCAGCCUCCCGUGGGCCCACAGAAUUUUUGGACCAACCAUGUGCAACAGCAGCACACUUUGCAGGCCGGAGGCGAGUCUCUUGAGGAGGCAGAGGCACGCCUCAAGGAAGAGUUGAGGAACAUCCACCUCCAGCAGAGGAUGGCUCAGAAGCACCGCCAGAUAGCAAACCCUCCCCAGCAGGAACAAAUCACCGAGCCGCCAAACAUGAUGUCUAAUCAUUCCGCGCCGCAGGGCACUGGGCAACACUUACAGCAGGGCGGCUGGCAGCAGGGCGGCUGGCAGCAGGGAAACGUCCAGCCAACGCCGCAGGGCAGCUGGCCGCCUCCACCGCAGGGAGCUGUCCCUGCGAGCAACGAUGAGAUCUUUGAACAGUUCAUGCAAUUUAAGCAAUUCCAGCAAUUCCACCAGUGGAUCCUUCAAGAAGGGCCAGGGGUGCCUAACCAGGGCAUGGCGCCGAAUGGCAUGGCACCGAAUGGCAUGGCACCGAAUGGCAUGGCACCGAAUGGCAUGGCACCGAACGGUAUGGUACCGAAUGGCAUGGCACCGAACGGCAUGGCACCCAACGGUAUGGCACCCAACGGUAUGGGACCGAAUGGCAUGGCACCCAACGGCAUGGCACCGAAUGGCGUGGCACCUCGCCCGGACAACCAGCACGGGCACCACUGGCGAGCCACUCCCGGACAGCCCAUGGCAAAUGGCGCUCUUCAGAACGGCAACCCAGCAUCCGGGAGCUUCAACCAGACCGUCCACGGCGCGAAUGGUUAUGGGUAUACUGGCUAUUGA